AUGAGCCAAAUGGGUGUUCUAAAACCUGGCGUAACGUUUGUGUUGGGGGCCAUGGCUGGAGCUUUUAUUACUAGACGUUGUCAUCAUCAUCAUCAUCAUGAUCACGAAGGUCGCAAGCCUUGGUCUUGUCCUCGACAAGCCCAUGACAAGAAAAUUGAGUCAACUUCAAGCCCGGGGACAGUGGAAACUGCAACCACAGCAACAACUCCCAACCUGGCAAACUAG